UCCCUCCUGCAAUCAAUCCCACUCAAGAUCCAAGUUUCUCGAAUUCCAGAUUUGAUUCAAUCUCCAUGGCUAAUGCCUGGAGAAGAAACCAACCGACAAAGAUUCUCACCUCCAGGAAUCUCCUCCUCUUCAUCUCCUCAUCUCUACUCCUCCUCAUCUUCUUCUACCUCACCUCUCAGUCUCAGUCCCAGUCCCAGACCAAUAAUACCCCAUACCUCAACUCCCUCAAAACCCCCAUCUUUCACCGCGCUAUAAACCCUUUCGAUUGCUACGCUUCACCCCAAGCUCACCCCGUUUUCGCCAAUGUCGUGGAGGGUCUUAAACACCCAUUCCUCUACUCCCUUUCCGACUUUGGGAAUUUGCCAGAGAAGCCCCACAAGAAUAUCAACAGGACUCUCAAGGGAAAGGCGUUUAGGAAGCCUGAUAUAUCUGAGACUGUGCAGGAAUUGCUGGAGAAGAUGAAAAAUGAGGACCGGAAUGGGAUUUUUGUGGAUGUUGGGGCUAAUGUAGGAAUGGCUAGUUUUGCAGCUGCUGUGAUGGGGUUUAAAGUUUUGGCCUUUGAGCCUGUUUUUGAGAAUUUGCAGAAGAUUUGUGAAGGCAUAUACUUCAAUAGAGUUAGGGAUUUGGUGGAGGUGUAUGAAGCCGCUGCCUCAGAUCAUUUGGGGAAUAUUACAUUCCACAAGUUGGUUGGUCGGCUUGACAAUAGUGCGAUCUCCGCCACUGGUGCCAAGUUGGCAUUCCAGUCUAAUGAAGAGAUCGCUGUUCAAGUAAAGACAAUUCCUCUUGAUGAUGUGAUUCACGAGUCGGAGCCAGUACUGCUGCUUAAAAUAGAUGUCCAAGGAUGGGAGUAUCAUGUACUUAAGGGCGCUUCAAAGUUACUGUCGAGAAAGAAAGGCGAAGCCCCAUACGUGAUAUACGAGGAAGACGAGCGUUUGUUGCAAGCCAGCAAUAGCAGCGCAAAACAGAUUAGGGAGUUUCUCCAAACCGUGGGGAUGAAAAUUCAGAUGGAGCCGAACGAGGGAGCACUCGACCAAAAUGGCCAACUUUCCAUCAAGUAUGGAUUACGAUUACCUCGUUGACAAUAAUAACAGGUUUUUGAGAUUUGAUUAGGAGAAUGUUUUGGAGGCCUCAGCUCGUUAGUUGAUACCGAUUGUGCAGCAUCGAAAGCGAAUGAGGAGGAUUCAGCUGUUAACGAUCAACUGUGAUCCAGAGACGAGAAUAGUACAACAAGAUAUUUGCGGGUUUAGGGUGGAGGCAACACCUUCUUGAUCUCCCCAGAUCAAUUAAAAACCGGAGAAAAGUCAGUCAAGUUGUGGAGAAAUAGGUUGGUUUUGCAACUUUCAUAAGAUUGAAGCAAUACUGUACCUUUUCCCCAUUGCUGAUUUCUCCCUGUUCUUGAAGGUGUUCAGCUGUAAAAUAUUUACACUUAAAUUCUUUCAGAACUCAUAAUUCUUGUUUCUUUUUGGGGAUUGAAAUAUUGCAUUGGUAGAGUAAUACAGAGAUUCUGAUUUUUGUCA